AUACACCGCCUAUCUGAGGUAAACUACAAGUAAAAAUAGUAACAGAUCCACUUCCAAAUCCAACAUCAUAACCUAAAUAAAUAAAAUUUUAAAUUACAAUAAUUUGUUUCUAAAAAAGUAUGGAGUCUUUCGUCGAGUACGAGCAUGUGCACAUAGAAGAGGUAUGCAGGUUGUGCUUAAACAAACACGAUCAAAUGAGUUUAAUUUGCGACUCAGGAGUAGCAGAUCUGCUCUUAGAGUGUGCCUCGAUCCAAGUAACGCCGGAUAACGGUUUAUAUAAUCUAGUAUGUCAUCAGUGUGCGAAUGAUGUCAGUCGUUGGUACGUAUUUAAACAACAAGUCGUAAGAUCAUUUGAAAUUGGCCGAUGGUUAUUACAAAAGAAAGUAAAAAAUGAUGUGAAUUUUGUGUUCGACACUUCCAGUGUACCACACGAUACACAUUCCGAACAUUCCAACUCCGUUAUUGAAGAUGAGGAUGAAUUAAAAGACCUUUUGAACCAGCGUGAUGCUGGAUUUGCUCCAUCAAGUUCAACACAACUGACAUCAGAUCUAAGCAGCGUUAUAGAAGUGAUAGAAAGUGUUGCGUUAGAUAACUGCAACAUCACUUCAACUUCUUCCGUUACAACAGGACCAAAACGUAAAAAAUCAUUAGAGGAACUAUUAUGUGUUACAUGCGGAAAACAAUGCACUUCCACAAACUCCUACAACAGACAUUUAAAAACGCACGAUGAUUCGCGCCCGUUUAUCUGUAGCAAAUGUGAUAAACCAUUUAAAACGUCACAGGUUUUGGCAGAGCAUAUGAAACGGCACUACGAUGACAGAAGGCACAAAUGUGAAAUCUGUGCACAAAAGUUUUACGCCAAGGCCAGUUUGAAUGAUCACUUACGAAGUCACACUGGUGAAAGGCCAUUUAAAUGUGACGUGUGUAACCGUACUUUUGCCACUAAAGCAAUUUUGCGCCAACAUUCCAUCAUCCACACAGUAAGAGAUAGAAAGUUUCAAUGUGAUAUUUGCGAUAAAUUUCUUUUAACUGCUGGCAGUUUAGAGACGCAUAAACGAAAGCAUAGCGGAGUAAAGCCUUUUCAGUGUUCCGGUUGUAAUAAAUCAUUUUUUACAAAGGAGGCCAUGCAGAGACAUUUCGGUGCAAUACACGACACCGACAAUAACUUCUUGUGCAGUGUUUGCUCUAAAGUUUGCAGUACUAAGGUGCACUUAAAUAAUCACAUGAAAAAGAAGCAUUUAGGACUUGGUCUUCCACCGAACGCCGUUUGUACUGAGUGCGGUAAGCAGUGCGGCUCGGCGGCAGAACUUAAAGUGCACGUUCGCGUACAUACCGGUGAACGUCCGUAUGUGUGUGAUAUUUGUCAGAAACGGUUUAUAGCUAAAGGUAAUUUGAAUUCACAUAAGCAAAGACAUUUAGGUAGAAAACCAUUUCUGUGUAAUCAUUGUGGGAAAGCGUUUGGUGAAAGGUCAACACUAAAAGUGCAUGAACGAAUACAUACUGGUGAACAUCCGUAUUCAUGCAAUGUAUGUGGGAAAGCGUAUAUUCAAAGUAGUGCGCUUAGAACACAUAUGAAGAGCCAUUGGAAGUAAAAUUAUUUAACUUUUUUUGUGUAAAAUUAAGUGCUGUAAGUUCAAUGUUAAUGGUAGGUACGACUGAUUCAAUAUAAGUAGAAAAUUUGCAUCACGUAAGAUUACAUUUGCAAUGUGAACUCUCAUUGUAUCCGGCAUGGUGUAUCCAUACAAGAAAGAAAUGGUAGGCUACAUGUGUAGGGUGGUCCAAAUUGGACAUUUCAGAAAAAAUGGACCUAGGAGCUCAAUUUUAAAGAGAAACUCACUGAAUAAUAAGAAACGCCCCCUAGCGGCCAAACGAUUAGAGAUAGCUAAAUUCUGUUUGCGCCAGUGAUUUUCUUUUUAAAAUUGUCCUCCAGACACCUAGGUCCUUUUGUCUAUCUCGUAAAAUAAAGGGCGUUUGCAUAGGAAAAUGUCCAGUUUGGACCACCUUGUACACUGACAAAUUAAUGCUAUCUAAGUCAUGUACGAGUUCUUCUAUUGGCAAUACUAAUCAGUAAUCUGUACAUAAUCAUAUUGCCAUAUAAAACAUUAGCAGAACAAAAAAUUGAUACAGUGGUUAAUGUGAGGACUGGAUAUGCAAUUACAUCUGUCAGACAGUGAUAAAGAUUUAAAACAGCCUUCUCAAACUUUUGACUUUCCAACGCCACCUCGAUACCUGUGGGAUGUUUCAAGGUAGGGGCUCCGAAAUAUUUAGAUUUUCUUCAACAACUCUCAAAAUUGGAGACGGGUUUUGAUAAGCGAAAUCUUCAAUCAAUACAAAUCAUACUCUCCGAAACGUUCGUUGAUCACGUAUUUUUCUCCCUUGGUUUGUUUUUUUUUCUAUAAAACCAACGCGCUGUUUAGUAUGUACGUAUAAGUACAGUGCUUAUUAAAUAUCAACUACUCUCCAUACUGUAACAUACAAGGUAACUUACCGGGUGACCCAAUAAGACUGUUCCUCGGCCAUAUCUCCGGAACCGUUCGUUGUAUGAUUUAGGGGUAAAAAUUUAUUUGGUAAAUCGGUUAUGAAGAAUUGCUGGAAAAUAUUUUCAAGUUCUAAAAAUGACCACAAGAGGGCGU